CCAUUGUCAUCUGCGUCAGUGUUUAUGUUCCCUCAUCUCAUCUGUUUAGUGGUUAUGGUUAACCCUACCCAUAUCCACUUUUCUAUUCAUGAAUGAGUGACUGUGCAUAAGUUUAAAUUUUUAAAAUAAAUUACUUCAAUCAAUAUAAAUGGCAGAUAAUAGCAUCGAUACGGAAUUUCCCGUAUGGGGCUUACUACCUAAGAAAGAGACAGGAGUUGUCACUUUCCUAAAUAAAUAUCCCGAAUAUGAUGGUAGAGGUAUAGUAAUUGCUAUCUUCGAUUCAGGUGUAGAUCCUGGAGCUCCCGGAUUACAGAUGACAUCUGAUGGAAAGGUUAAGGUGAUUGAAAGAUUCGAUUGCAGCGGUUGUGGUGAUGUUACAACCACUACCAUUGUCCAGCCUAAAGAUGGUUAUCUCACAGGUCUGACGGGGCGUAAGUUAAAAAUACCAGAAAAUUGGUCAAAUCCAACCAACAAAUAUAGACUAGGAGUGAAGAGUGCAUUCGAUCUAUAUCCUAAGAGACUUCAGGAACGAAUGCAAGAAGAAAGAAAAGAGAAACUCUGGGACGAUCCACACAAACUAUCGUGCGCGGAAGCGAAUCGCGCAUUAACAAAAUUUGAGUCUCUUCAUUCGGGUAUUACUCCAAAAAACCGCCAAGACAGUAAUUAUCUUUUUUGUGUAGGUAAGCAGAAUUUAACAGAAGAAGAGAAGUUAGACAAAGAAGAUUUAGAAGCCAGAAUUGAGGUGUUGACGAAUUAUGAGAAGAAGUACUCGGAUGUUGGGCCAGUGUAUGACUGUGUUUUGUUUCACGAUGGAACUAAAUGGGUUGCCUGCGUUGAUACAACGGAAAAAGGGGAAUUGAAUCAGUGCCCUCUUUUAGGAGAAUACAGUAUCACAAAAGAAUUUCAUCCACUGACCAAAGCUGAUCAGUUGAAUUUUAGCAUCAACGUGCAUAAUGAAGGAAGCGUGUUGGAACUUGUUGGACUGUGCUCAAGCCACGGUACUCAUGUAGCCUCAAUCGCCUCCGCUUACUUUCCGGAUUCACCAGAGAAAAAUGGAGUUGCUCCGGGUGCUCAAAUUGUUUCGCUCACAAUAGGUGAUGGACGUUUAGGGUCGAUGGAAACUGGAACCGCUUUAGUUCGUGCGAUGAUCAAGGUAAUCGAAUUACAGAAGACGACACCAGUCCAUGUCAUAAACAUGAGCUAUGGCGAACAUGCGCACUGGUCAAAUACAGGGCGUAUAGGAGAACUGAUGAGCGAGGUUGUAAACAAAUAUGGAGUUACUUGGGUAGCAUCGGCGGGUAAUCAUGGACCUGCAUUAAGCACUGUAGGUACACCGCCUGAUAUUAGCCAAGAGACCAUUAUUGGAGUGGGUGCGUACGUUUCGCCCGAGAUGAUGGUUGCUGAGUAUUCAAUGUGGCAAAAAUUGUUAGGUAUGGCGUACACAUGGUCAUCACGGGGGCCCACCAUCGACGGCGGUUUUGGUGUAAGCGUGUGCGCACCUGGAGGUGCGAUUACCUCCGUUCCUAACUUUACCUUGCGUAACUCGCAACUGAUGAACGGCACGUCUAUGGCUUCCCCGCACGUUGCCGGAAUAGUCGCUCUGUUGAUUUCCGGAUUACAGCAGCGCGAUUUGGCGUACUCGCCCUACAGUAUAAAAAGGGCAUUGGAAAAUUGCGCAAGCUACUUGGAUAAUGUAGAACCUUUCGCGCAAGGUACAGGACUCGUACAAGUUGAUAAAUCGAUGGAAUUUUUAAUCAAUUACUCUAAAGUACAGGAGUGUGAUGUACGUUUUCACAUUACGUGCGGUUCUGGCAACACAAAGGGCGUUUACAUACGUUCUAAAGGUGAACGGAAGAACCACGAAUGUUCGAUUAACAUAGAACCAUUCUUUAAAGACAUUGAAUCUAUAAAAGUCGAAUGCAAAUUGAAUUUUAAUUUAAGAUUAGUGUUGAUUUGCAAAGCGAGUUAUGUGAGUUAUCCUAGUCAUUUAGACAUGUCGAAUAUGGCAAGAACAAUUUCUAUUAAAGUAGAUACAUCUGGACUGCAAUACGGUAUUCAUAGCACGAGUAUAGAUGCAUUUGAUGUCAACUGUGUAGCAAAAGGCCCAGUUUUCCGUAUACCAAUUACUAUUAUACAAGCCGAACAGGUUCCUGCUCCAAAUUAUACAGUUCAUUUUGAUAACGUCACAUUUAAACCAAACACAAUCAAACGUCAUUUUUAUGUUGUACCUGAGCUAGCGACUUGGGGAGUAAUACGCUUGAGGUGCAGAAAUGAAGAGCAAACUGGUCGUUUCGUUUUACAUUGCAUGCAGUUACUGCCGAAACAAAGUUGCAAAAGUUUAGAAAUCAACAAGAAUUUAACCGUCAUGCCUAACACAGAUACUGUACAAAGUUUCCAAGUUCGAGGCGGCAAUGUAUUGGAAAUAGUUGUAGCUAAAUAUUGGGCUAACUUAGGUGACACUAGUAUAAAUUACUUAAUUUCAUUUCACGGUAUUAAACCUAGUCAACCAUCCAUCAGUAUGUUCGCAUCGGAAGGAAUCCAUUCCUUACAAGUUUCCAGUUUACAAGGCGAAGAAAUUUUACCUUGUAUCACCUUGAAAAAUUCCGUCCAAAUUUUGAGGCCAACCGAUGCCAAAAUAAAUGCUUUAACCGCUAGAGACAUUAUUCCGAAAGGUCGACAGAUAUACGAAUUAAUCUUGUCUUAUAGUUUUCAUUUAAAUAAAGCAACCGAUGUUACACCGAAUUACGCAAUCUUGAGCGACGUUCUGUAUGAAUCCGAGUUUGAAUCGCAAUUUUGGUUGCUAUAUGAUAGCAAUAAGCAAAUGAUGGGAUGUGGAGAUUCAUAUCCGUCUAAGUACUCCAUUAAGUUGGAGAAGGGCGAUUACACUAUAAAGUUACAAGUUCGUCAUGAGAGGAGAGAUUAUUUGGAUAAAUUAACUGACACUUCGAUUCUCUUAAAUCAAAAAUUACCAUCCACAAUAGCAUUAGAUGUCUAUAGCAGUCAUGCUCAAGCGAUUGUUGGUGACAAGAAAGCCGCAUUUGGCCAUACCCUUCAUUCCUCUACAGUUCCUCUUUAUAUAUCAGCAUUAACAACUGAUAAAUUUUCGUCAAAGACCAAUAACUUUGCUCAUUUUCUCAUCGGCACAGUAACUUACGCUAAAGACGAACUUGGAAAGAAAGUAGACACUUAUCCCAUAAAAUACAUUCUGAGUGAAAAUUCGAAAAAAGCCUCUAAAUCACCGGACAAAGACAAGUCAAAAACCGACGAAUAUAAGGAAGCAUUACGGGAUUUGGAGGUUGCAUGGCUAGCAAAACUCGAUGCGAGUUCUACAGCAGAAGCGCUUUAUAACCAAUUGUGUUCUCAAUAUCCCGAUCAUUUACAAGUUCAUAUAUCGUACUUACAAAACAUAAUACCGUCCGAUCCGAAACACGUACUUCCCGCAUUCGAAGAGAAGGAAAUUCAGAGCUAUAACCGCGACGAUUUAGAAAAGAUAAUGAACAUUGCCAAAAAAGUUAUAGCUAACGUUAAUCAAGAGUCACUUCUAAUUUACUUUGGCAUAAAGAAUGAUCCGCGACAGGAUGCUUCGAAGAUAAAAAGCAAUAUGGAGAAGCAGAAGAAUAUUUUGGUUGAGAGCUUGUGUCACAAAGGUAUCGCGAUGUGUCACAUUUACCAGAUGUCCCAAUUAUCCACUGAUGAAGGCUCGAAAGAGUAUAAUAAAGUGAGUUUGGAAGAAAUUUCGGAUACUUGGAAAGCAUUGCUACAUUUUGCAGAUCCUAAUGAUAAGUCAUCUGCAUCCAUUGUGCUGACAUUUGCAAUGUGGCAUGCGACAAUCUACAAACAUCACGGAAGGCUGUUGAAACUACUCCAAAAAUACCAGGAAGAAAAAAAUAGUCGCGAAACUGAGGAAAAAUUAAUCGAAAUUUGUUCCAUCAUUGGUUGGAAUCACAUCGUUCGUUAUAUGACAAGUAUGUUACCAUCAAAGUAUCCAACGGAUUAUCGAUCAUUUUAAGCUAAAUAGAUAAAAUUACGUUUUCGUCAUGGAGCACAUCGUUUUCACUUAUAGUUGAUAUUUUUUUUAAUCUAAUCUAGCUACCUCUUCAAUCUGCUUUUAUAUAUGUGAUUAUUAAUUUAUUAUAUACAAAUUUAAUCUGUAACAUUGUUUUAACUCUGCACCGAACAAAAUGUAUGUCCAUAUGAAAUAACAGUUACACAAAUAUAAUGAGCGGUUGUAAUGUACUUGUUAAAUAAAUGUUAUGCAUUUACAGA